GGGCUCGCGCACCUCUGAUGAGACACCUUGCAGAGCGCGUGCGACUAACAUGCGAAGAUAAAAGAAAUGCUGUUGGACACCAGCGGCGGUCUCACUAGUCAGGCGGUGGUUGGAAUCUGAAACCAGUUCGACAAGGGGGACAAAUAACGAGCCAUGAAAAAACACCUGAGCCCCACGAAGCAGCAGCAUGACCACCACCACCAGCCGCCGCCCCCACCGACAGACAUCCCGGCUGCUGGCGGCGAGUUGACCGUAAACGAGCUCAACGAGCUCCUCUCCGACGGCAGCGGCUUCUACAACCUCCCCACCCAGCACUUCAAUGAGGUCUUCCCCAGGAUUUACAUCGGGAACGCGUUUGUGGCCCACAACCCCAUGCGACUGCAGAAACUUGGUGUGACACAUGUCCUCAACAUGGCAGAGGGCACCUCCUUCAUGCACGUCAACACCAGUCCAGAGAUGUACGCCGGCACUGGGAUCACGUACCAUGGCAUUCCAGCCAACGACACAAAGGGCUUCAACCUUAGUGCCUUCUUUGAGGAGGGGGCUGAUUUUAUAGACAGAGGACUAGCACACCAUAAUGGCAAAGGGAAGGUGUAUGUGCACUGCAGAGAAGGCUACAGCCGCUCCCCGACCAUGGUUGUUGCUUACCUUAUGAUGCGCCACAAAAUGGACGCCCGGACAGCUCUCGCCACCGUGAGACAGAAGAGAGAGAUCGGCCCUAACGAUGGCUUCCUUCUCCAGCUGUGCCAACUUAAUCAGAAGCUGGUGAAGGAGGGUAAGCUGAACGGAGAGGCGGGCAAAACGAAGACCAAAUGAAAACAGGAGAGAUGUGUGUAGGACCGGUCUCUUCCUGCCAGGCAGAUCGCACCCUAACCAAACCAGCACCCGUCUAACAUAUCAGGGGUACAAACAUGCAUUUAUUGUGUAAAUACCUGUCCUUCAUAUGUGCACAAACAGUUUCAUUUCCCAUGCUCCUUUUUAUUAGUCCACACUUCACUUUCAGGCAGAUUUUUCUGCAAAUCUUUGCUCUAAAUUUAUAUAGUUACAAACUUACCUUCCUGAGGCAUUUGUUUAAUUCCCACAAGUUAACAAGACAAACACCUUACCCUGAUUUAUAAAACACCCUUACAUAUUUGUAUUUAACAGAUUAUAGCACAAUCAUUCCAUAGUUUUCCACUGCCGGAAUGUCAGUGAUGUCUCUGUGAACAGAAGUAAAUUUCAAAAGGAAUAAUAAAAUUCCUUAUUAAUAAAAAUGUGUGACCAUGGACAAAGAGUGCAGGAAGAAUAAUCCCAAACAUUCCAUAGAAACUACAACAGAAAUAAAGACGCCCAAACUUAAUUCUUAAAAUACUUUAUCUUCCUUCUGCUGCUUUGUGGCAGAUGUUUCAUGCACAAAAAAAGCAAAACAAUGAAAUCCACUUUCUCACUCUCAAAUGCAUCCAAACUUUGGCUGUAGCGUUUCAGUUUUGGCCUCUAGCUUGACAACAUUGGCAGUGAAAGUGUUUAUCCAACGAGAACCAGGAAGGGUUGAGAUAAUUAAAAAUAAUGAGCUGUGCGUGUUACUCACGUUACAGUUGUGUUUGUGAGUAUGACAGAUAUUCUUUUUAGUUGGAUUGUGAGGUCUCCAUGGUAAAAAGGUUGAAAGGCAAUAUCUAUUUCAAUUAUACUUUAAUCAAUUUUAAUUUGAUUAAUUUCUAUGUGACGAAAUUAAUAUUCUCCAGUUGAAAAAUAUUCUCAGAUAUACAACGUGACAUUACUUUUUAUGUGGCCAGCCUUUUGAUUGCAAAGGCAGAUAAAGUAAUCUCCAAGCUCUCUGCAGUAUUAUAAGCCAGUUAAAGGUUUACAUUUUUAGUUUUGUGUAAAAUCUCUGUAAUAAAUUUGAAAUCACAGUAGAAUGAUCUGUCUUCAAUGGAGGGAAAUUUUCUUCUCUACAAAUUCUUGUUGUACUGAAGUAAAGUGAAAGCAUAGUUUAUUGAAAGGGAAAGUUUACAGUUCAUUAUAAUUUUUUUCCUUUCGCUUCUUAAGAUGUUGCACAAUCAGGUUUUAGAGUUUUGUUCCCUCCUUUAAGUAAACUACCAGGAUGAAACUGCCACGGUCUAAACCCUGAUUAAUUUGCUCAUCAACCAUUCUGUUUUAAUUUUUCUGCUACUUAGGUUUAUUGUCCAGUUGAUGAACCCGUUUGAACCAAGGUUUGCGUUGCUGUUUGCGUCUUUGUGAGUGGAGGCAAAAACAGACAAGAUUUUCUCUUUUAGUAUCACUAAGAUUACGUCAACGGAAAGCAGACUUCUCCAGUAUUUUUCACAUUGCUUCAAUGAUUUAACAAUGUUGAAUCUGUAUGCUUUAUCAAAAUACCAGAUUAAAUUAAUCUUAAAUCAAGGUUUGUCAAUAAAAGAGGAGAUUAUAAGCUUUAUUUUUCACAGUGCGAGGCCCAAUAUGCUGUCAUAAGGGAGGUUCAAAAAGCCAAUCUGAAUCUAGAGGCCUUUCAGUGUCAAACGUAUCAGCUGGGAAGGAUGCCAUUGGCCUUCAAUCGAGAGAGUUUCUGUCAUCACAACAGAGUAAAUCCACUGCCAGUUCCCCGACACAGCCCUUCAACCACUAUCAUAUGCCACUUUUUCAUCAACACCGUUUAUCACAACACACCCACACCUUCAAAUGUGUGCCACACAUGCACACACAAACACACACUUCCUUUGUUUGUAUGCACUAAAGCAUUGCAAUAUAUGUCAAUACCCUAUCAGAUAUAUAGAAUGUAAUCAUAUUUAGAAUGACUAAUUCAGCAGUACUCGUUAGGAAACAACCUCAGUUCUAUAAUUCUUUGCAAAUGACUUUGCAUUUACAGCAUUAGUAGACAAAAGUGUAAAUUAUUUUGUCCAGGAAAGGAUGAUAUAUACCAUAGAUUACAGUGAAAUAUGUAGAGAAAAAUCUCGCUUCAGUAUGAAAGUCUGUGUCCAGUAAUUCAGAUUAUAUAAAACUCUGGCGGGACAAAUAUUAAAAUGACUUUUUCACCUCAUUAAUGCCACUAUUAAUUACUCUCUCAAUAUAUCUGUAUACAUCUGAAUAUAUAUAUGUAUACUGUAUAUACAUAUUUAAGUGUUGACAUAUAUGAAUGUACAAGCAAUGUGUCUAUAACUUGUAGGUAUUGUCAUUAUGUUCUUUAAUAUCAUGCUAUAUUUGUAUAUGGGUCCUUCUGCCAUUGUCACUGUUUUAACAACAAAACUACAUGUUCAUUAAUAUACAGAUAUGCAUGUCAAGUGCUGUAUAAAUGUGAUAUUUUAACCACUUUAUUUUAAUUAAGGCACUUUCCAUUUUGUUUAGAGAUGCAAUCAGUUGGCCAAAGAUUAUGGGGGAAAUUUGUUAAAUUUUCUGUUUACGGUUUGAAUAUGUUGUACUCUAAUAUUUAGAGUUUAUAAUACUUAGAAGAAAAAAUUAUUUCAAACAGUAAAAUUUCUAAGAACCCUGGAACGAUUAGGAACAUGGUUUGUCACAGUAAUAGAAGUAUUCUUGUUGUUUUAUUAAAGCACCUGAAACAUUUUUUUCUUUUCUCUGUGUUCUCGUACUUAGAUUGGGAAAAAUCAUAUUAGACAUUGGCCAAGACAAGUUUUACUGCUGCAUCUCUCAUAUAUUUUUCUUGUUUAUCACCAUGGAGUUUCUUCAUGAAUUACAGCCACAUGCAUACUAAUUAUCAGCAGGUGUACCAUCACACACAAGAAUGCACUAAUGGCAAUCACCCAUUUAAAUGGUAGUUUUUAUACAUAAGCAGAACAAAGUAUUUUUUGUGCCAUUUCACCACAUUUUCUCUCAUAGUUUGUGCUUAUUACAAAUACGAAGAAAUAAAAAAAUUACAACUUGAAGGUUGUUCACUGUUGAAAAAAUUCAAUCCACACAAACUCCCUUCAAAAAAGUAUAAACUGUAAUGUCACUAGAUUAUUUGACACAGAGCAGCUUUUUCAAUUAUGUAUCUGUCUUAAAUUCAACAAAGUCUUAAGUUACAAUAUAUGAAAAAAAAUAAUUAUGGGACAUUUUUGCAUAAGAUGACCUUUAGUUAAAAAACAAAGCAUCUGUUCAGUCCUGCUGAUAUUCUCACAUAACUGUCGCCCUCUAGUGACACAGAAACAGAUGGUGUAACCAUCUGUUGUCUGUAUGAAUGACUUUUAUUUCACUUUGCAAACGGCAGGUGCACAGGACUUAAAAAUCUUAACUAUUUAGAAACUUGACCACUAGAUGGCUCAUCCUCUUGUUGUGUAUUCUGUCUUUAUUUAUUCAGUUUAUAUGAAAAUUCAAGAAUGAGAGCAUUUCAUCAUCAGCAGCUUUAUUAAAGACACAAAUGGGUCCUUAGAAAGAUAAUUUAAGAACAUUUAAAAAAGAAACGAUCACAUAAAAAAAGAUAAUAAUCACAUAUACAAGUCAGUGAUUUACAGAAAGGUUAAACUGCCAGUGAUUCCACAUUCUGGACUUAAACAUGACUGAGCUGUGUGAAAUAUCUGUUAGUAUCUUGAUGAUGUUGUUUGUAGAAACACGUAAUCUCCACAUAAACCUGUACAUAAGGUUUCAUAAGAAAAGUGGAGACACCAACACCAUCAAAUAACUGACUAGCACUAGUCCAUCUCGUCAUCCAAAGCAGCAUCCUCAUUCCAUCAUUGUAUACCACUUUGAGUUUCUGUAAACUGCUUUGUUUAUACUGUCUUCAUAAGUGACCAGAAUACAGAGGAGUACAGUAUGCUAGAGAGCUACUUUAACUAAGACAGAACACAUCCCAAACUUGCGUGGCAGCAUUUUGGCUUGUGCAUACAUUAAACAGCGUUUAUAUAUAAAUAUAUUUUUACAAUUUGAUUAAUUGGACAAAUAUAUUUGAAUAUUUUAUCUCUAAAUCUUCUCUGUGUUAAAAACUUUAGGUAUGACUUGUAUUCAUGUGUCUGUCAAAUGUGUUUGAAAUGUCAAACACAUUUGGUUCAUAAGAAAAUGACGAUUACAUCAUCUUCUUAUGAAACCUUACUCAAGAAGUGCAAAAUCUACUUUUUGUCGAGGUUGUAUUUAGAGUAUUUUUACUGUUUUGUUCUUUUUCCUUUCACGUUAAAGUAGUGUACCGUUUGUGUGGGUAUCACAGAAAAUACACUGAAGUUUGGCUCUGUAACAUGACAAAAUGUCAUGUGAACAAGUUUAAGAGAUGUGAAUACUUUGCUUUGCACUUUGUGUAUAGCCCCCCCUCAAUGCGCACAACUACAGAAAGGUCAUUUUACAAGCCUCAUGUCAUAAAAAAAAAAAAAAAAAAACAAUAUUUCGACUUCCAAACAUUGACUGACAUGCCCAGACCUGCUGUGAACUCUGACUCAUUAUUGGCAAUGAGGAAAAGCCAGAUAAGAUAAUAUUCUCACAGGGAGUUAAACACGAGUUCAGACUUUGUUGAAUGAGAACAAGUGCAGUUUUACUGUUUUUCCAUCCCGGUAUAUGUACAAGUCAUUCCACUCAACUCUGACCUAUUUCAUAUUUAGUUGUGUGAAAAUGUCAGAGUUGAUCUUUAAAGCUGCUCAUUAGAUUUUUUCCCCCCUCACAUAUGCUUCCUUCUGUUGUUAAAUAGCCAGGAGUCAAGUUUUAAAGUCAAAUUUCUCACUGCAUGGUUUAUUUUCCAUGACUUGGUCAUAAAUUUCACACCAUCAGUGGAGCCUACAUCAUCAUCCAAAAUGCAGAGCACCCACUGUACUGCACAAAAAUCUUUUGAAGAAACUCGCAUGCAUUUCUAGCUGUAUUCCUAAGUAUUUGGGAGUACUGUACACAAAAUGAAAGACAUUUCACUGAUUGUUGCAACUCUUUAAACAAUUAAACAAUUAUAAUCAACUGCUUGCAGUGAUCUGUUGCUUACAAACAGGUCAAGUUUCAAAAACAAAUUUCAGUCUUUUAUUUAACAAACCAGCGUUGUCAAAGUGUAGUCCGCAAAGGCCGGUCUCCUGAAGCUUUUGCAUGUCUUCCUGGCCUGUACACCUUAAUCAAACGAAUGCAUUGUUAAGUCAGUAUUUAGUAUAAUGCAACAAAGUCCUGGUAAGAACCUAAAUAUUCAGUUCAGGCAGAGAUGCAUCUAAAAGCUGCCAGAUACUGCCUCCCUGAGUACUGGAGUUUGACACCUGCAAACCUUUUCUGACACCAGCAAAAUGAAAAAGCUUCCCUGUGACUAGACAUGGGCUGGUAUUAGGAUUUGGAGAGAUGUCGUUACUUCAAUUAAAUGUUCAAGAUGCUGGGAGACCUAAACAAACUACGAAUACAUUGAUUGCUAAACUGAAUUGCUUUGUUCCUAAAUAUGACUUGUAAGAAGUGUUUAUAGCCUAUCAAAAUGGUGUUAGCUUUUUAUUAUUAUCUGCCACAGCAGGCAGCUUGUAUGAAGUGGGUUGUUUAUUUCACCAGUAGAAAUCACCUGUCAGACAUUGUUUGAUUUAAAUGGUACUGUUAAAAAGUGAUAAGUGGCACUCCAGUCUGUCUGCCAUUUUUUUUUUUACCUUAGAAAUUUCCUGUCUUACAGGAAACUCACUUGUUUGGAAGUAUAAAGUUUCCACCUUCAGGCAUCCAACACAUCUUACUAGCUGCUUGAAGUAACAAGUGUGGGGAGGCGAACCUUACCCAAAUAACUUUGUUUUUUUUUUCCUACAAGAUAUAUUUUCACACCGCUUGCUUUAUCGUAUUUGUUUUGCAAGGUGUCUGUACACCUUGUAGGAAAAGAAAGUUUUUGAAAAUUCCCCCUGUACACAGCUGACUGACUCCUUUCAGCAGCAAGCAAGAGGAAGUUCAACACUAUUGUCUGUCAUUCUACUGCUGUCAGUGAACUUUGAAGCUAUAAUAGCAGUGAAACAUUACUAAUAUGUAAAAGAAAAAAAAUUGAACCACUGCUUUUCUUUAAAAAAUAAUUAGAAACUGGAAGCCAGCCCAUGUCUGGAUCCGUGACAAAAUAUAAGAAAACACACACACACGUAUCUUCAUUGUUGGUUCUUAAUGCAUUGAGAAAUAGAGAAACACUGCCGUCUGCUGUUCAGCCCGUAUAUUUGUUUGCACAUAUUACAGUAGUUUCUGAUCAUAUUUUCACAUACGUUUGCCUCUUUUUCCUACAUUCAGCAUAUUCCAUACAUUUGUUUACACAAUGCCAGCAUUAUUUUGUGGAUCACACAAUGUAUUAUAAAGAAUGUGAAAUGCCAUUUUUAAAUAUUAUAUAUGCUGAAUAUACACAAGGCAAUUGUAAAUUGCUGCAUUUUAUCCUCAUAACAGGCCUGUUACAGUGUAAAGAUUGGACAGUGUUUGAAUGUAAUAAGUUAAAACUGAUGUUUUUUUUAAAAGCUUGUGAAGUUAUUGACAUUUGGUUGUAAGUUCUUUGGCGGUUUAACUCAUAUGUACUGCUUUUUUGUACACACUAUUAUUGUGACGUACUUCUUCAACCAUUCUGUUAAAUAUCCUUCGUCAUUAUCUGUGUUGCUUUUGGAUGAGUCACCUACAUGAAUAAUGGUAGUCAAAGCUGGGCCAGACUGUAAUUGUAACUCAUUUGCUUUGCAGAAGAGGCUUGUUAAAUCAAUCAAGAGUAGCCAGGUAGUUGUGUUUAUUAUCACAGAAAAGUACAUAAAUCGACUUAUAAGUAAUUUCCUGUGAUUUUCUCUUAAUUUUGCAAUCCCAUGCGGUGUAAGUCAGCCAUCUGCCGGCCAUAAAAAGCUGAGAUGAUAGUCAAUUGAUAUCUCACGGCAUGGAAAGUCGUCUGCUUUAACUCCUCUAAAUUGUCCAAGAUGUAAUAAUCUCUACCCUAUGGUGCUCUUGAGGACUUCCAAACACAUGCUGGAAAUUACUUACAAAUACUGCUUGGCCCAGGUGACACUCCAUCCGUCGUCAUUUUCUCGCCUUCAUUCUGAUAAGUGGCUUAAAGAAGGCGUUUUAGCACAAAUGAGCCCACUGCCCAACUCUUCUGGAGUCUAUUAUGCGGUCCACUUCUUGUCUCGUUACAUUUCUGUUCAUGUAGAGAUUCUGCAAAAGGUCUUUGUUGUGAUGUUGGAUUGUCUGUAAAUGGGUCUUUGUCAUUGCUGACGUCUCAACAGAAGCAUCACCACCCAUAGCCUUACAGUAAUGACUGAUUUGGGAUACGUUUUUCAGUUUGUGUAUUUCACUUCAAGCAGCUGGAGAAGGGGUGAACCCUUAAAAAGUUGGAUGAUGUUGAAGUGCACUUGAUUUUAAAUUGCUGUGUUAUUUUUCUUACCUUGGAGCAGUCCAUUCUUUCUUAUGUUUAAAAACAAAUAAAUGAAUGAGGUAUUAUCAUC